CAAUCAGAAGCCGAGUACGGAGCCAGUGGACGUGACGGACGGUUCUUACGUUUCUCCCAUGAAGGAGAAGAAGAAGAAGAAGGAGAAGAAGAAGCUAGCGGAUUACAGUGACCCAGCGUCGAAGUACCUCUCCGUCGUGGCGCGGGUUCUUUUACAGCGAAACGAAGAAAGCGAUGUCCCCGGCAGCAGCUGAACCCGCGGACCAGACCAGUCUCCCGGCAGGAGUGAAGGUGUGACAGCAGCAGGACGGUGCAUUUAGGAUUCCUACUGCAGGCCAACGUGUGUCUGUGUGUUUAUGUUGUAUGUUUGUGAGUGAGUGGCACAGCAGUUUGGGGUUGUAACGUGAUGCCAAGAUGCUGCUGUCUCUGGGAAUGUUAAUGCUGUCGGCGACGCAGAUUUACACCAUCUUCACCGUGCAGCUCUUCGCCUUCCUCAACCUGCUGCCCGUGGAGGCUGACAUUUCUGCAUACUCCUUUGAAAACAGAACGGAGACCUUCGAUGACCUGCCUGCACGGUUUGGUUAUCGUCUCCCCAGCGAUGGACUGAAGGGCUUCCUGAUUGGUGCACGGCCAGAAAAUGCGUGCGAGCCCAUCGAGCCGCCUCCGAGGGACAACCUGACCGGCGCCUUCAUUGUCCUCAUCAAACGGUUCGACUGCAACUUUGACAUAAAGGUCCUCAACGCCCAGAAAGCGGGAUACAAGGCGGCCAUUGUUCACAAUGUGGACGCCAAUGACUUAAUCAGCAUGGGAUCCAACGAUCUGGAUGUUAUGAAGCAGAUCGAUAUUCCCUCCGUGUUUGUUGGUGUGGACACGGCCAACUCUCUGAAAGAAGGCUUCACAUAUGACAAGGGGGGACACGUUGUCCUCAUGUCAGACUUCAGCCUGCCACUAGAGUAUUACCUGAUCCCCUUCCUCAUCAUCGUGGGAAUCUGCCUCAUCCUCAUCAUUGUUUUCAUGAUUACCAAGUUUGUCCAGGAUCGACACAGAGCUCGGAGGAGCCGCCUGCGCAAGGAUCAGCUCAAGAAACUCCCAAUUCACAAGUUCAAGAAAGGGGACAGCUAUGACGUCUGUGCCAUCUGUCUGGACGAAUACGAAGAAGGAGACAAACUCCGAGUCCUGCCAUGUUCUCAUGCCUACCACAGUAAGUGUGUGGACCCCUGGCUGACCAAAACCAAGAAGACGUGUCCGGUGUGCAAGCAGAAGGUGGUCCCCUCGCAGGGCGACUCCGACUCAGACGAGGGGGAGAGCGGCCCCGACGAGAACGAGGAGGUGUCCGAGAGCACCCCGCUGCUGCGCUCCCUGGCCUCCACCAGCGCCCACUCCUUCGGGACCAUGUCGGGGGCGUCGCGCUCGGAGCAGGACCAGGAGUCCUCCGAGUACGAGGACGACGAGCUGGACAGCAGCAGCAGCGACGAGGAGGCGACCCUGGAGACCGUGGUGGUGCAGAUGCAGCAGCCCUGCUCCGAAGGCCUCGACCACGACCACGACCACGACCUGCCCCGAGCUUGACGGAUUGUCGUUGGACCCAACUGGUCGAUUAAACCCCCCCCCUCUCCAUGUACCUCGCCCGCCCCCCCACCUCCAACCUCACAGCAUCAGAGACUUAACUUGGGGGCACAAAACAGAUUCAUCUUCCGAGUUCUUCUGUCACUGCUUCAAAUACAUUGUAAUGUAAUUAAUGAAAUCUAAGUUUUAUUUUUAACAUGGUCAUGGAACGUGCUGGUUUCCUCGUGUGACAGGACGUCAGUGAGUGCUUCUAAAGGGCUGUUUGACAGAUUUGACAGAUGGCUCCCAUGUACAGUAGACUGUUAUACUGUACACUGCUUAGUCAUGAAAGAGUUCUAGCGAUUAAAUCACAAGAGAAUAAGUCCUGAUCAUCCUUGACACAAAGCUCAGUAAAAGUACUGUGUAUAUAUAAAGUAUAUAUCACAAUAAGUUUUAUGUUUACCUUUGAUUAUCUCCUCUCUCGAAUGUUUCAGGCGACCGGAAGGCUCAUUAUUGCACAUACAUGUUCUGCUAACUUGACAAACACUCUGAGGCGCUUUGCAGCAUCCAUUUUUUGUAAAACUGAAUUUAUCACUCAGUAACUAUAGAAACAUUAAGAGCCACAGCAAUAUGGUUUUGCCGUUUUUAAUUUGCAGCCUGACGUAUGAAGGAGCCUCGCUGCCGGUGUUUUGUGCCACGAUUUCACAUGUUACACUCGUUCAAAGUGUGAAGAGACACUUGAAGGACAACUGUGUCCUCUCCACGGCCUGUGGUGAACUUCUGGCUGCUCCAGACCAAUCACUUCAUCUAACACGAGCAGCUAUUGGUAGAUAGGCCUCGGAAUAGGUGUUUAACGGAUUUCUGUUUAAUACUGUUUAUAGUAAAUAUGCUUACAUGUUUCUUUUGUCAUUACAUACUUUACAUAACAUGCUACACUUUUUUUUCAUUGACGAAUCCUGUUGCCUUUUUUCAGUUGAUGUAUUUUGUCUCGUCAGUGUUUAUCUGCCCGCGUUUGUUGGUUCAAUAUGAAUUCACUUCAAUAAAAUGAAAAUGACACUUGACAAAGAAA